GCAGCUACUCGGGGACUUACAACCUUAACACCUCAACACAGCCAAGAAUCUCGAAAAGGCAAAGCAUGGUGUCAGUUAUUCUGAAGGGCAUCAGACCCUCUGCUUUGAAGUCAGUAGUCGCAGAUGGAAUUCGGAUGGGAAUGUCAUCAAGAGGGUAUGCGUCGGUUGCAGUUGGUUCUGACAUAGUCUCCGCCGCACCCGAUGUUUCUCUCCAGAAAGCUCGAACCUGGGACGAUGGUGUAUCUUCUAAGUUCUCCACCACCCCUCUUAAAGACAUUUUCAAGGGCAAGAAAGUGGUCAUUUUUGGGCUCCCUGGUGCAUACACUGGAGUUUGCUCCCAUCAGCAUGUGCCUAGUUACAAGGAUAAUAUUGAUAAGUUCAAGGCUAAAGGGAUCGAUUCGGUAGUUUGUGUGGCUGUCAAUGAUCCAUACGUUUUAAAUGCCUGGGCAGAGAAGCUUCAAGCCAAAGAUGUUAUUGAAUUUUAUGGCGAUUUUGAUGGAAGCUUUCACAAGAGCUUGGACUUGGGAAAAGAUCUCUCUGCUGCUUUGCUUGGACCUCGCUCUGAAAGAUGGUCAGCAUAUGUAGAUGAUGGAAAGAUCAAGGCUUUGAAUGUAGAGGAAGCUCCAUCUGAUAUGAAGGUUUCUGGUGCAGAGGUCAUUUUGGGACAGAUAUAAUGUUUUAAUUUCAAAUGCAGUAAAAAGAUAGGCAGUUGGGUAUCCUACCAAAUCCUUCCCUCGUUCAAUGAGAAAAGAGAUUGGCUGGCUGGUGAAACCUUCUGCUUGCGUGCCGAUGCCUAGUCCUCUGUUAUAUUUUCUCUUACUUCUGCUAAUCCUUAUUCAGAAAUAAGUUGUCUUUAUCGGCUUCAUGAUCAAGUUCAUGGUAAAAACAGUAUAUGAAUUUUAUGUAUAUGGUUGAGAGCACAGAAGUAGAGCUCGUGUUAAUGCUAUCUGUAUAGUGAUAUCUUAAUAUUCUCCCUGUAUCCCUUCUCUAUCAUAAAACAUAGUUGCUUUUAAAA